AUGAACAUCAGCUUUACCUCGAACACUCUUGUCAAUUCAACGCUCAUCGACAGCGCGACCGGCCAAGUCCUGUUUGAGCUCUCGGCAUCCCGUGACCACUUCCGCAUCCAUAUAACCUUGCGAGAUGCGCACAACACCAUGGUCGGCGAGUACAAGAAAGGCAAGAUUGGCACCGAGGUCAUAUACCGCAGACAGACUAUGCGGGUGAAGGAAUGGCUCGUCAAGAAGCAUUGGUAUUCCAGAACUCGGACGUUCAUGGCGCAUAACGGGAAGGCAUACGAAUGGAACAGUUCGAACCAGGUGUGCAGGUGCCUGGACGGGAACGUCCACUUCAGUAGGAGAAGGUGUUCUCCGGGAAUCGCGGAGAACUAG